AUGGGUCUCGCGGCUAACAUCCUGUCACUGGCGACAGUGACCAAUCUACUAUUGGGUCUUGUUGCGUAUGUGGCGGUUAAAUUCAUCUGGCAGAUUGUCUAUUAUCGCUUCUUCCACCCUCUUGCCAAGUUCCCCGGUCCCUUCUGGGGCUCCGUUACUCGUCUUUGGAUAGCAUGGCACAAUCUACAGGAGACAGAGGUGCCCACUGUCUACGCUCUUAGCAAGAAAUAUGGUUGGUUCAUGAUCCGAUGCGCAAAGAGCGUAGUUAACAAACCAACCCCUCCUCUAGGCCCUGUUGUUCGAAUUACCCCGACAUUGUUGCUGGUCAAUGAUCACGAGAAGCUCCCCGAAGUCUACCACCGCAAUGCAGACAAGACUGGACACUAUAUCACCGGAAGUUUCGGCGAGACCGAAUCUCUGUUCAACAUGAGGUCUCACAAGAACCACGCUGUCUUCAGGAAACACGUUGCUGGACCGUACAGUUUCAGCAACAUCAAGAAGAUGGAGCCAUUAGUUGACCUGCGCAUCAACGAAUGGACCUCCAAGCUCGACGAGAAAUUCGUCAAGACCGGCGAAGCCUUCGACUUCUCCUGGUGGGCAGUCUACAUGGCCUACGAUAUCAUCAGCGAGAUCGGCUUCGGCGCACCAUUCGGCUUCGUGGAAAAAGGCGAAGACGUCGGCGGCCUAAUCCAAGGCUUCCACGACGGCCUCCCAGCCUUCGGACUCCUAGCCCGCCUGCACCCCUUCACCUCCUGGAUGAAAACAACCUUCCUGAAAAAAUACCUCGUCGCAAAGCCCGAAGACAACACCGGCAUCGGCGUCCUCAUGCGCUUCCGCGACCGUCUAAUCGACGAGCGCGUGAAAGACAUCGCAAACAACAAGAAAAUCGGCCGCACAGACCUCCUCCAGACCUUCCUCGAGGCCAGAACCGAAGACUCCCAGCCCCUGGAUCUGGAGUACAUCCGCGCCGAAGUCCUUCUCGUCCUCCUCGCCGGCGCCGACACAACUGGCACCGCCUUCCAGGCAAUGGUGCAGUUCUUGCUGACGCACGCGGAAGCAUACGAGCGCAUGAUGGCGGAGAUUGAUAAUGCGACGCGUCAGGGUCUCAUCUCUGAUAUGCCGCAAUAUAACGAGGUCCUUGAGCAUCUGCCGUUUUAUGUGGGGUGCGUGAAGGAGACUAUGCGGUUGUGUCCUUCGGCGCCGAAUAUUUUCCCCCGGUAUGUUUCUGAGCCUGGGCUGGAGCUUUAUGGGAAGUUUGCGCCGGCUGGCACGGAGAUUAGUUGCAAUCCGUAUCUGGUGCAUCGGGAUCCCGGGCUUUAUGGAGAGGAUGCGGAGGAGUUUAAGCCGGAGAGAUGGUUGGAUGUUGAGAAGGCGAAGUUCUAUAAUAAGUAUAACUUUGCAUUUGGGUAUGGGUCGCGGGUUUGUUUGGGCAGGGAUAUUGCUAUGAUGGAGUUGUUUAAGGGGCCUUUGCAGUUCUUCCGCCAAUACAAGCCGGAGACUGUGAAGGGUAAGCCCGAGGCUCAGUUCAUGGUCAAGGGUGGUAUCGGAUACUGGAAAAACGUGUGGUUGACCAUCUCUCCUCGGCCAGAGGUCAAGGCUGCAUAA